GGAGGCGGGUUUGCACUUUAGAGUCACAGUAUAAAAGCACUCAGUAAUGGGAGACCCUAUUCAUUGCUUCAAGCACUAAUCAAUCUACAAUAUGUACAUGAGAUGAGAUGAGGCUAGAGAACUGGCAUGGGAAGCUAGCUCCUUAGCUGCACUGUUCAAUCUCUUCAUCUGGUCCCCUUUCUUCUCUCGGAAAAUUAUAUGGUGCAUGACUUUCUCUCCCUAACUCUCCUUUCUUAAAUCAAACCGCAUAAUCAUAUACCACAAACCACAAGUGGGAGACAGAGAGAGAGAGAGAGAGAGAGGGAUCAAAGUCAUCAAACCCAUUAAAACUGAUAUGCCUUUAAAUUGCUCAAGCUUGGCUUCCAGAGUUCCACAUAUCUUGGGGGGGCUAAAAACAACAGCAACAACUCGUGUAGGAGGAGGAGGAGUUUUAUUCAACUUUUUUAAUAAAACCCAUCAAAACAAUUCUCUUUGCACUGCUUCUCUUCCUUUAAACAAAAGAAACGACAGCCAAAGAUUCUGUCUUUCUUCUUCUUCUUCUUCUUCUGUAAUGGAAGGUAUUAAAGACUCGGGCUUUUCUACUCAAGAAAUUGAAAAGUAUUCGAAAGAAUUGGAUAUUGCUGUCAGGGCUGUGCAAAUGGCUUGUUCUCUUUGUCAGAAAGUGCAGGAAAGUUUGAUUUCUAAAACCAAUAGUCAGGUACAGGCCAAGGAUGACAAUUCUCCUGUUACUGUAGCAGAUUGGAGCGUCCAAGCUACUGUCAGCUGGAUACUGUCUGAGACGUUAGGGAGCAGGAAUGUGGUGAUUGUUGCUGAGGAAGAUGUUCAAACUCUUUCCAAACCUGAUUCAGCUGGCCUACUAGAAGCUGUAGUUCAAACUGUGAAUGAUUGUCUUGCUGAAGCACCUCGUUUUGGUCUUAAAGCUCCAGGAACAAUCCUCGGCAGUUCAGAGGUUCUUGAAGCCAUCAGUCGUUGCAACUCAGCUGGUGGGCCUAGUGGAAGAUUUUGGGCACUUGACCCUGUUGAUGGUACGUUGGGAUUUGUUCGUGGAGAUCAAUAUGCUGUUGCUUUAGCUUUGAUAGAGGAUGGCGAAGUUGUUCUUGGAGUUCUUGGUUGCCCCAACUACCCAAUGAGGAAAGAAUGGCUAAGUUAUCACCAUCGUUAUCAUAGAAUUAUUUCUAAGUUGACCCCACCUACAUCAGAAUCUUGGGACAAAGGCUGUGUGAUUUAUGCAAGAAGAGGCAGUGGUGAGGCCUGGAUGCAACCUCUAAUACAAGGACAUAAGAAGCUAGUGUGGCCAAACUCCGCAACGCCAGUCAGAGUAUCCACUAUUGAAAAUCCAGCACUGGCAACCUUCUGUGAACCAGUUGAGAAGGCAAAUUCAAGCCACUCCUUCACAGCAGGACUAGCACACAGCGUUGGGCUUAGGAAGCAACCAUUGCGAGUGUACAGUAUGGUGAAAUAUGCUGCGAUAGCUCGCGGAGAUGCUGAGGUUUUCAUGAAGUUCGCCAGGGCUGGCUACAAGGAGAAGAUAUGGGACCAUGCUGCUGGUGUUGUUAUCAUUCGAGAGGCUGGUGGGGUGGUGACUGAUGCUGGAGGAUGUCCACUGAACUUCUCAAAAGGUAUGUACUUAGAAGGUCUUGAUCGGGGUAUUAUUGCUUGUGCUGGAAUCAAAUUACAUGAAAAGAUUAUCAAGGCCGUUGAUGCUAGCUGGAACUCCUCUAGUUUGUAAGGCUUCUUUUGUUUGCACAUGACGUAAAUACAUGCAAAGAAGGGUACUAGACAGGACAGGGACAUGAUGGAUUUUUUUCUUAACAUUCCUAUUCUUGUUUAUAUAGCAUGAUGAGGAGUGGCAUGUGUCAACGUUAUCCGCCCUUGUGAGGGUCUAUUCUGUGUGUAGACUGUAGGGAAAGGGGAAAAAACCUCUAAUGUGAAGCAUGCAUUCAACUAUAUGCUCCAGAAAUCAAUUUGCAAGAAUAUAAAUAAAUGAUGGUGUUCAAGUUC